AGUCCACGAGAGCGCGCCUCUCUCUCUUGCUCCUCGAGAGUGUGUGUGUGUGUGUUUGAAUUCAGUGGAGCACGCAGAGAUUUGCUCAAGUGUGUUUGCUCACAGCAGCGCUUCUGGUAUUGAAGGCGGACUCUGUUUUCCCUGCGAUGCUGUCAGUGGAGUAUGGGUACGACCGCUAGCGCUGCUCCACAAGCUACACUGCACGAGCGUCUCCAUAGCGACAGCAUGACGGACAGCAGACGCUCCAUCCAGACGCUCGGCAUCCAUAACAACAAAGCCAAGUCCAUCAUCACUAAUAAAGUGGCUCCGGUGGUCAUCACAUAUAACUGCAGACAGGAGUUUCAGAUCCAUGAUGAUGUUCUGCGCACAAACUAUAAAGUCGGGAGGAUUUCGGACAACAUGCCUGAGCACCAUCUGGUCCAGGGCUCGUUCUUCAUGGUGCAGGAUGUGUUCAGUAAAGCAGACGUCCUGAACACCACCGCCUCAUACGGGGCUCCAAACUUCAGGCAGAGCGGCGGCGGGUUCCCCCUGUACGGUAUGGGUCAGACCAGUCUGGGUGGCUUCAAACGGGUCCUGGAGAGCCUGCAGACUCGCGGACAUCAGGAGGUGAUCUUCUUCUGUCUGCGUGAGGAGCCGGUGGUGUUUCUGCAUCUGCAGGAGGAUUUUCUCCCAUACACACCGCGGAGGAAGGAGAACCUACACGAGAACCUGCAGCAUCUGCAGCGCGGAGCUUCAUCUGAGGACCUGGAGCUGACCAUCAGGAAAGAGCUGCACGACUUCGCCAAACUGAACGACAACAUGUUCUACGUCUACAACGACAUCGAGCAUCUGAAAGGAGAACCGCAGAAGAUCUGCAUCUGCAGCGAAGAGGACAUUCACAUCACAGAGGAGGUGUACAGGAGACCGCGCUUCACCAUGCCCGCAUACAGGUAUUACCGUCUACCCCUGCCGAUGGAGGGAGCGCCCAUGGAGGAGCAGUUUGAUGCCUUUGUUAAAGUUCUCCGGGAGAAUCCGUCUCUGUCUUUGAAUCGCGAUGCAUCUCGUCUGCUUCCCGCUCUGCUGUUCAGCUGUCAGGUCGGCGUCGGACGCACGAAUCUGGGUUUAAUUCUGGGAACGCUGGUCAUGAUGCACCUGACGCGGACCACAGCGGAGAAAACCACACCAGCUGAAGAAGAAGUGAAAGACGAACACAAGAUACAGUUCCGGGUCAUCGAGAGCCUCAUCGGUAAACUGCCUAAAGGUCAAGAGGUCAUGGAGGAGGUGAAUCGUGCCAUUGAUUUGUGCUCUGAGAUGCACGAUAUCCGAGAGUCCAUCUACGAGAACAAGCAGAAGCUGGAGGGCAUCGGAGAAGACUAUCAGACACAGGGAAGCAGCACUAAAGAUUACUUCCUCCAUGGAGCUCUACAGAGUCUGGAGAGAUAUUUCUACCUGAUCGUCUUCAAUGCUUACCUGCAUGAGCAGUAUCCGCUGGCGUUUGCGUGUAGUUUCAGCCAAUGGUUGUGCUCUAAUGCCUGGAUCUACCGCCUACUUUCCUGCAUGAACCAAUCAGAGCUCAGAGCACCAGCUGACCUCGUCACUAAAGGAGCUCGAGUUCUGGUCGCAGAUGAAUAUUUGGCUCCUGAUGUUUUGAGCACCAUUAAGGAGAUGAAAGUGGCCAAUUUCAGACGAGUGCCCAAAAUGUCAAUAUACGGGAUGGCACAGCCCACAUCAGAGGCGGCGUCAGUGGUUCUGGCGUAUCUGUGUGAUGAGAAGCGCAAACACUCGUCUGUGCUGUGGGUGAAUCUGCAGGACGAGCUGCUGCUGGAGGCCAAUAAUCAGAUCUUCAGUCCCCGAGAGCCCACGCGUGUGGAGCAGUGCAUACGUGUGUGUUCAGCACAGCCAGAGGACAUCCAGAGUCUGGAAGCGUCUCUGAAAGCGCAGCUGUUAGCCAGUCAGCAGUGGCUGGAAGUGACUCUGGAGCAGGAGAAACAGAUGAAGAUGAUCAAGAGCUGCUCCACCGUGCAGGAGAUCUUCAACCAGCUCAAGAGCUCCCACCAUGCACUGCAAUACAGGCGCAUCCCCUUCCCAGAAUGCUCUGCUCCAUCUGAAGAGGGUUUCGAUCAGCUGCUGGAUGUGAUGAAAGCGACUCUGGCUGAAGAUUCUCUGUCUGCUUUCGUCUUUAACUGCUCCAAUGGUAAAGCUCGGACCACCACAGCUAUGGUGAUCGCAACGCUCACACUCUGGCACUUCAACGGUUUUCCAGAGUUCUGUGAGGAUGAAAUCGUAAGCGUUCCUGAUGCCAAAUACACAAAGGGCGAGUUUGAGGUGGUGAUGAAGCUGGUUCGUCUUCUUCCUGAUGGUCAGCGUAUGAAGAGAGAAGUGGACGCAGCUCUGGACUCGGUCAGUGAGACGAUGACCCCGCUGCAUUAUCACCUCCGAGAGAUCAUCAUCUGCACAUACAGACAGAUGGCACUGCAGGCUCUGCUGCUGAAGCACUACCGCCCCUUCGUUGCGGCUCCGGCUGGAGUGUAUGAGCUCUUGAAUCAGCUGGGCUUCUCCGAGUUUGAGGACCUGAGAGACUCAACUCUGUGUCGUCUCCGUCGCCGCUGGCUACAGCAGAACCGCCACGGCCUGCCGUUCCGCGGAGAACUGAUCUGAGAGCAGUUUUCAGACUGGAACACACUGUGAGGGAAACUCAUGAAUAUUCACCAGCUGUCCUCCUCUACUAUUGGCUGUGGAGAUUUCCCGCCAUUAACAUGUUUUUAAUUGAACAGGACUGUUUUAGCGAGAGUUGGCGUGUAGAGAUCAUCCACUCGGCUCUUUUUUUUAACGAUUGAAGGCUGCGGUAACUCUGAUGUUUGUUUUAUAAAUGAGCAUUUUUCAUGAUGGCGGUCUCCAUUAAAAAGCUUUUCUAACA